ACAAUCCCACGCGUUCAGUCUCGCAAUCGCGCGGUUUUCUGCUCCACGUCUACCGUUGUCGGACAAGAAGGUGCAAGGGCUGCUCAAAAAUGGCUUCAGCAAUGGCACAGAAAGACCGCAUCCUUAUAAAGGGUGGGAUUGUAGUCAAUGAUGAUGAUAUGAUUGAAGCUGAUGUUUUUAUUGAGAGUGGUCUGAUAAAGGAAGUUGGUAAAAACCUUGUUGUUCCUGGAGGAGCAAAAGUGAUUGAUGCCCAAAAAAAGCUUGUUAUGCCUGGUGGAAUUGACACUCACACGCACAUGCAGCUUCCAUUCAUGGGUACAGUCGCUGUGGACGACUUUUACACUGGAACAAGAGCAGCACUGGCUGGUGGCACCACUAUGAUCAUUGACUUUGUCAUCCCCAAAAAGGGUGAAUCACUCUUAGAGGCUUAUGAAACGUGGAGAAAGUGGGCCGAUGAGAAAGUUUGUUGUGAUUAUGCAUUCCAUGUUGCUGUCACUUGGUGGAACGAUGAGGUUGGCGAGGAGAUGGAGACUCUUGUCAAAGAGAAAGGUGUGAAUUCCUUUAAAACCUUCAUGGCUUAUAAAGAUGUUAUGAUGCUAGAAGAUGAAGAGAUGUUCCACUGUUACAGCAAAUGUAAGGAAAUUGGAGCUAUUGCACAAGUUCAUGCUGAAAAUGGAACUCUCAUAGCAGAGAAUGCAAAGAAGAUGAUUGCUCUUGGAAUCACUGGUCCUGAAGGACAUGAAAUGUGUCGCACAGAGGAAGUGGAAACAGAAGCUUGUGUGAGAGCUAUCAUGAUAGCCAACCAGAUAAACUGUCCCCUUUAUAUUGUUCACGUCAUGAGCAAGAGUUCAGCUGAGGCUAUUUGUGAUGCUCGACGACGGGGUGUUGUUGUUGUGGGGGAGCCAAUUGCUGCUAGUUUAGGAACUGAUGGAACAAGUUAUUGGAACAAGUGUUGGAGACAUGCUGCGGGGCAUGUUAUGGGACCACCUUUAAGACCUGACCCCACCACCCCUGGGUACCUCAUGGAUCUUCUUGCCAAUGAUGGUCUUCAGCUGACAGGAACAGAUAAUUGCACCUUUAAUGCAGAUCAGAAGGCUCUUGGCAAAAAUGAUUUCAGGAAGAUACCAAAUGGAGUGAAUGGUAAUAGGAACACGUGUGUAAGCUGCACUGUACUUGUAUAUACAUGUAUAAAAUAGUCUGUUACAGUGUAACUUACAUUCUUUACCAGAAUCCUUCAAAAGUCUAGUUGAAUUUCAAGAAGGAAAGUAGAAUGCCAAUAACUGUCUUCACUGAUGUCACUGAGCCAAAUGGGAGUUUCAAGAUUUACUGUGGCAUGCAUACUUUUUAUCCCAAACUAUUUUGCUCUCUUCUUUUGUUAUUUGUAAAAGAAGAGAAUAAAUUAGGGAUAAAAACGCUGGCACACUGCGCUGAUUUUUGAAAUUCCGAUAUGGCUUUCUGUGCAUAUUUGAUAUAAUAAUUGCUUUUCGAUUGAAGUCAUUCUCCAAAUCCUUACACUUGCAAUAGUUAUGACUAAAUUGUAAGAAAAACAAAUCAAAGGGCUUAAAGCUUC